AUGUCAUCGUAUACAAAGAGGUCGAAAGAUAUCCCUUUACCAGCCAAAGAAAAGGAUAACCCAGAUUAUCGACAACCACUUUACCUUGGUACUUGGAAGAAAUCCAUUCCGUAUAUUGAUGAUGAUAUUGCAAUAGAUGAUAUGGAUGAACCUCAUAUGAAAAGAAAAGUAACUAUUAUAAAAAAAUACCCGGAAAUUGAAAAAUUAUAUGGAUACGAUCUCAGAACAUUACCUUUAACAAUUAUAGCAUGUUUUAUGCAAGUGAUGGCAGCUUAUGUAUUUGGAAAAAUUUUGAUAGAUUGGAAUUUGACAAUGUUGUUUUAUGGAUAUUUUAUCGGGGCAUUCAUUUCUCAACUUUUUGGCGUAGUUAUUCAUGAGGCAUGUCAUUGUCUUAUAGCUCCAACAGUUCUCCAAAAUCGUAUAAUAGGUUUGAUUGCAAAUAUUGGUUUACCAUUUCCUAUAGCAAUGUCAUUUCGUCGUUAUCAUCUUGAGCAUCACACAUAUCAAGGUGUUUUGGGUUCAGAUCCUGAUCUGCCUUUGGAGUGGGAAAAGAAAAUGAUUCGUGGCAAUGCAUUUUUAAAAUUUCUUUGGCUGAAUAUUUAUCCUAUCAUGUAUGUUGUCAGAGGAUUGGCUAUGCAGAAAAGUCCAAGUUUUUGGGAAUAUGUUAAUUGGGUGUUCACAAUUACAACAGAUAUUAUGAUUUACAAAUAUUGUGGACUUCGAGGUUUAAUAUACUUGGUUUUAUCAUUAUGGUUUGGUUUUGGUGCACACCCCGCUGCUGGUCAUUUCAUCCAAGAACAUUACACUUUUGAAGAUGGUCAAGAAACUUAUUCUUAUUAUGGGAGUUUAAACAUAGUCUUAAUAAACAUUGGAUAUCAUAAUGAGCAUCACGAUUUUGUAAAGGUUCCAUGGGCAAAUCUACCCCAAGUUCGUAAAAUUGCAUCAGAGUAUUAUGACAAUUUAUCAUAUCACACAUCAUGGGUUAUGUUACUUUGGAAUUUUGUAAUGGAAAAACAAUUAGGACCUCAAAGUCGUGUGGGUAGAACUCCUGAUGAUCAUAAGAAAGGCCGCAAAAUGUUGAAAGUAAUAAAAGAACAAUAA